AUUCCAGUGGCUACCAUGGCAGCACUUGAUCCAGCUCUCCUGCAGACAAUAAAAACUGUUGUUUCGGAAGAAGUUAACCGUGCAGUCGAACCUCUGAGACAAGAGCUAAAUCGUCUGCGAAGCAAGGUAUCUGGACAAAAACCAGCCAGUGAAAUUGUACCUGUGUCUGUAAACAAAAUGGCUCCUAAUCAUAACGUUGGUAUUAAUGGCUUUGGCCGUAUUGGUCGUCUUGUAUUAAGAUGUGCCAUCAUGAAAGGGGCUAAAGUUGUAGCCAUCAAUGAUCCCUUCAUUGACUUGGAAUACAUGGUCUACAUGUUCAAGUAUGACAGCACCCAUGGAAAAUACUCUGGGGAAGUCAAAACUGAAAGUGGCAAACUUGUAAUCGACGGCCAUGCUAUUGCUGUCUUCAAUGAGAAAGACCCUGCCAAGAUUCCAUGGAGCAGUGCUGGUGCUGAUUACAUUGUAGAGUCCACUGGUGUGUUCACAUCAAUUGAGAAAGCAUCAGCUCAUUUCGAGGGAGGUGCCAAGAAAGUUGUGAUCUCUGCACCAUCUCCUGAUGCCCCUAUGUUUGUUGUUGGUGUCAACCAUGAAAAAUAUACCCCUGACUUAAAAGUAGUCAGCAAUGCCUCAUGUACAACCAACUGUCUUGCUCCUCUUGCUAAGGUGAUCAAUGACAAAUAUGGCAUUAUUGAAGGUCUCAUGACAACCAUCCAUGCCUAUACAGCGACACAGAAGGUUGUUGAUGGACCCAGCUCUAAGGAUUGGCGUGGUGGCAGAACUGCUGCCUGCAACAUCAUCCCUUCAUCAACUGGUGCUGCUAAGGCUGUCGGUAAAGUCAUCCCAGAGCUGAAUGGAAAACUGACUGGUAUGGCUUUCAGGGUGCCAGUCCCUGAUGUGUCUGUUGUUGAUCUGACAUGCAGGUUGUCCAAAGAGACUACCUAUGAUGAGAUCAAGGCUGCUGUUAAACAUGCUUCUGAGAACGAGAUGAAAGGUAUCUUUGGCUACACUGAAGAUGCUGUUGUCUCCACUGAUUUCGUGUCUGAUCAAAGGAGCAGCAUUUUUGAUGCAAGUGCUGGUAUUCAGCUCAGUCCAACAUUUGUCAAACUUGUUACUUGGUAUGACAAUGAGUUUGGUUACAGCUGUAGAGUGAUCGAUCUUCUUCACCAUAUGCAGAAAGUUGAUUCCAAGUAACUCCACUUUUUGCUCACAUGUAGUCUUUCUAAUGUCUUGUAAAGUGGUCCCACCUUCAGUUUUAGAGGAUUGCCUAAGCAGAUGGAACCGUUGACGCCUGCUACAAAUAAAUUAAAUAAAAUAUGAAAUACAAA